AUGGAUUUUGCUUCUCGCAUUUGGAAAGCCGAAAAUUACGCCAGGGGCACCACUGGCAGGCCCUUGAGCGUCUCUCGACGGUCCGACCUGGAACACAUUGUCAACAGUCAAGUGGAGAAGAUACAGGAGUGGAAGAAAAAGGACCGGGCGUCGCAGGAUAUAAUCAAAGGCUUACAAGAGGACCUACAGGCUUCCCAAGCCGCUUGCCAGGCUAGCGAGGGGCGAUGCCGCGAGCUGGAAGACUACAGCCAGCGGCUUAAGAGGCACGCCGACCAACUGGAGUGUAACGCGAAGGCUACGGAAGAGGAGAAGGCCGAGCUGGAACGGGCCCUCGCAGGCUUACAAGAGGACCUACAGGCUUCCCAAGCCGCUUGCCAGGCUAGCGAGGGGCGAUGCCGCGAGCUGGAAGACUACAGCCAGCGGCUUAAGACGCAUGCCGACCAACUGGAGCGUAACGCGAAGGCUACGGAAGAGGAGAAGGCCGAGCUGGAACGGGCCCUCGCGCAGGCACGGGUGGAACGAACGGACCAAACGACACCGUUGGACGGGCGGACGGCGGGGCUCAAGGGGGCGCAGGCGUACCUCAACGAGGUCGACGCCGUCACGGACAGUGAGGUGCUUGCCCUCGUGCAGCGCAUCAACGCCCAGAUCUUCCAGACGGCUGCAAAUAUCUCCGACGACUUUCAGGCCUCCUAUGGCACGCAGAAGUGCGGCGCCAUGGUCGCAGACGCCGUCGUGCGCUUGGAGAAGUCGGACGUGGUCGGCGUGGAGCUCCCCCUGGCCCUGUGCACGAGCAACCACAGCGCGGACCCCAUCCUGGUGCAGAUCGCACUGCAGGCUGCACUCGCGACGUCGGCCUUCCACGCAGCGUCCCUGUGGUCCACCUCUUUUGGGAAGCAGACGGCGUUUCUCCGCUCCAUAUACGCGGAGAUGCGCAAGCACGAGCAUCCGUCCGUCUUCCAGCAAUGGAGGACGACGACCCUCACCUACGCGCGCGCUAUCAUACCCGAGAAGACGCAAGGCGCAUCCGCGCACGCUUCGAAGAUGACCGACUAUGUCAGCGACGUGUUCCUCGCUUGCGGCCUGGACGGAUCCCCAGAGCACGUCCGCGACCUCGUCAAGCAGCGCUACGGCAAGCGGCUGAAGCAGCUCGCCUCGCAUGCCCUCGACGUCCGCCGCAUCGCGGGCGAACAAAUGUUGUCGCGCGAUCUCCAGGUAUUCGUCGUCCGGCCGCGUGCGCCGUUUGAUCCCACGUUGAUGGAGGACGAGUGGGCGGACACGAAGAAGCGAGCAGGCCCGGCAGAUUCUUCCGCUGGCGACGUCCUGUGUACGACGUACUUGGGCCUUGUCCAGCAGGAGCGUAGGACGGAUGCGGAUAAGGACACCCAGGACGCCGAGCCGAUGCCGAAGGUGGUGAUGCUCAAGCCCAAGGUCGUACUGCAUAGCACCGUGCACGAGUUGCUGCCAGAGCCGGCGGCGGAGACCGGGAUCGAGGAACUUGAAGCCUGUAAAGUGGUGUGCGAAAUGGAAGUUAACAUCGUGACCGCGGUGCUCGUCUCGCGCUUCCUCAUCGAUCUGCAAUCCGCUAGCCGCAAAACCCUACGACUCGACUCGCAAGACUCGAUGUACAUGGACAGCACCGCCCUCGGCAUCGGCACUCUCAGCUUCGCGCGGGGAGUCGGGUCGCUCGGGGAGUCGCUCGAUCCGGCCUCUCCGUCGACCUCGAGCUUAUACGACGCGGGCGAUGAUGAUGGACCCUCUAGCACGGAAGUAGAUGCCGGGGAAGACGCGCGGUGUGGUCCCCCAUCGGAGAAAUCGGACGCGGAUGCCGCUGGUAGCAUCGCGGGUGCUGUGCUUGCCUGCGAAGCAACUGGUCUGUGCCCGCUGGCAGACAAGCACGCGUCUGGUGUCACCGAGCACAGCUCGAAGGCCAUGCGGAGUGAUGUCCUCCACAAACGCAUCAAAUUCUGA